AUCAUAGCUACAUCAGCGUUAGGGAUAGGCGUGGAUUUCCUCGGCGUGGUUUCUAUACUGCAUAUAGGGAUGCCGUGGAGCAUGAUCGACUACGUGCAGGAGAGCGGGCAUGGAGGGCGAGCUGGUGAGCGAGUGGACUCCAUCAUUCUUGUUGAGCAGGGCGAGGUAGAGCAUACGAUGGAGCAGAAGAGUGAGGACUUGGACGUGCAGGCAAUGGGCAUGUUUCUUAUCGGGAGCGGGUGCCGGCGAGGGCUAAUGAGCAGCUACUUGGAUGGCAAGUGGGUAGAAUGCAACGAUAUCGAGUCGGCUGAGUGUGACCGGCACAGCGAGGGGGUUCACGAGUGGCAGGACUCACAGGUGGAGACAAGCUGGGAGUGGCAGCAGGUGCAGGAGAUGAUGGACGAGCUCCGUGAG